AUGUUUUCUUUCCGCCGCAAGCCGCGCAAAACAGACACGCCCGCAAACGGCGCCCCACUAAUCCGUGCUUCCCCUUCCCUGCCAGAGCUCUCAGCGCAGGGAAUUCCAUGGCCAUCGAACCUGGUGGAUCUGUCUUCGUUACCACAGGCUGAUGCCCCUCAGCCUCGUCCACAAGGUGCGGCAAAAACUCUUUUUUCCGCCCAAGGCGAAGGUCCUAUUGCAUUCCACAAACCUUGGUCGUCUCCAGGCAAAUCGACCAGUGGGAGGAUCUCCUCGCUGUACGUAUCAAGCCAGACGCUGCCCCCGCCCCCGCCCUCGGCAUUCGAAACGCGUAAGCAACCCGCCCAUGCGCGCGCACGGAUCAGCCAACGCAAGGCGAGGGCCCCAACGACCUUCAACAUCAUGGUUGUCGGCGGCCAGGGAACGGGGAAGACGUCUCUACUGCGCUUGCUCCUGGACACAGCCGACAUAUCACCCACUGCCUCCCCCGAACAGAGGGCCACGAUGGGCAGUUUCCUACACGGAACGCCGAAGCGCACUGACGCCAUCCAGUCGGUGUGUCUCGAGAUAUGCGAGUCGAAGUAUGACCGCGUCUUGUUGUCCGUGAUCGACACGCCGGGCUUGGAUUUUCAAGAGGGCCACGAGCUGAAGCUGGAGCGGCAGGUUGGAUCUGUCAUGAAAUACUUGGACUCACAAUUCACAGACACUCUGAGCGAGGAAUCCAAAGUCAUGCGGCAGAGCAAGGGCGACCAACACGUUCAUUUAUGCAUCUAUAUGAUUGAUCCCAAAUCGAUCAUGAGUGCCUCCCUGCGGCGCGCACUAUCCUCGCUCCCCGCCAAAACGCGUUCGGAUGCCACAGUCCACCAUCCCCCCGACCUAUCGUCCUUUUCCGACGACGCCACAUCGGAUGACACAGAAGACGAAUCUGCCGGCGAGUUGAAAAUGUCUUCCGGUGAUAUUAACGUCUUGCGCCGGUUGAUGACGCGCACGAACGUUCUCCCGGUUCUUUCUCGAGCGGACUCGCUGACAGACGAUACCCUGGCGGAGAUGAAACGCGUAGUGCGUCGCGACCUGCGUACCGCAGGGCUUGAUUUCGGUGUCUUUGGCCCAGUGAAAGAAGAACCCGGGGCGGAAGCGAAACCUGACGCACGCCAGAGUGAGACGGAGCGCCGAGAUGCGAGCGAUUCUGAAGAGGAGGCCCCCGUAGAAGAACGCCGUUCCCGUCCAGUGAUCAAGCUACGUGCUCCGCGACUCCCCUUUGCACGCCGUUCUUCCCGCUCGAGGUCCCGCAUGAGUCUUUCUGAACUGGCUGCGAACGAACAGGCCGAGCCGGACACGACGGAUGCGGAGAGUGUGGCCAGUGUACGCUUCUCGGCGGAUGUCGUGUCGAAGACAGACCUCAGCGAAAGCAUGCCGUUCGCUCUUAUCAGUCCGGAGGAAGUACGGCGGAGGCGACCUCUGAAACCCUCCGUGUCGGCCCACGACCGCCAUUCCAUGCAUGAGCCACUGCGGUCGACUGCGCCUUCGGACGAUGGUCACGCGAACUCUGCUAUCGAGUCUAGAUGCACCACUCCUGCUACACCCACCACCCCAGCUUCUGGGCGCCAUUUUUCUUAUUUGGCCGGCCCGCCGGCUGAUUUGAAAGGGGUAUUUAUCCGCAAGUUCAGAUGGGGAACCGUGGACGUGCUCAAUCCUGAACACUGCGACUUUGCUGCUAUGCGCACUGCUGUUCUGUCCACUCACAUGAAGAUGCUCAAAAUCCGCACUAGGGAAGUUCUCUACGAGAAGUUCAGGACGGAAAAACUGUUGGCACGACGUGCCACUCGCAACAUCUCCGAAGUGGAGACCCGCAAGCUUCUGGCAGAUCUAGGAUUCUGA